ACUACACGUAACGCGUUGUUUGCAGUUGGGUCGCCAUAUUGUAUAUUUUAACGCGGGUCACUGGCGCGUGUAUGGGCUUUUCGUGAGGUUUUCUGUUGAAUAAAACUGCGUGGGCUAAAAGAAACCAUAAAGUAUCACGCGCAAUGGAUCCGGAAAAGUUAAAAGUAGUUGAUUUACGGAUGGAACUCUCUAAGCGUGGACUCGAUACGAAAGGCGUCAAGUCAGUGCUUGUUGAGAGACUUCGCAAGGCGAUAGAUGAAGAAAAUGAAAACCAAGAAGAUCAAGGGAAGACAAAUACAAAUGCAGAAUAUGAUGCUAUGAGUCAAGAAGAUGAUGAAAAAUCUACGAAAUCAACCAAAAUGCCACAGACACCAAAAAAAUCUAGUAGAUUAUCCAAAGGAUCGCCAGUAACGACACCACGGGAGGAUCCUGCGAUAAAGAAACGAAGAACUACAAGAGUUCCGUAUUCUAGAAAGCAAACAUCACCGAAAAAAUCAGAUCAAAACGAUAUGUCGAGAGAGCCAUCACCCGCGGUAUCAGAGUCCACGUUACUAGAAGAAUCUAGUAGUCAAGAAGAGUCUGCUACGCAAGAAGAAACUUCCAUAGAAGAAGAAACUGCAGUACCAGAAGAAGCAGCAGUGCAGGAAGAAGCUGCGAUGCAAGAAGAGACUGCGAUACAAGAAGAACCUACAGUACAAGAAGAAACUGCAGUAGAAGAAGAAGCCGCGGCGCAAGAAGCUGCGGUACAAGAAGAAACUGCUGUAGAAAAAGAAACCGUUAUGCAAGAAGAAAAAUCUGUAUUACCUGAAAAGAAUGAUCAAAUAGAAACUAAAGAAUCAAUAGCUAAUGUAGAACAAGAAGAUACAAACACUGUGGAAGUUGAAAAAGAAGAAGUAAAAGAUAAUGAUGUUAAAGAAGAUAUUGACAAUGAGAGUAAAAUAAAUAUAUCACAAGAAUCUGUUGUAAAGUCUCCUGUAAAGUGUAGCAAUAUCGUUGAUCCAGCUGUAGAAGGAUCGAAAUAUGAUACAGAUAACGUAGAUCAUAAUCAAAAAGAAGAAAUAUCAGAAAGCUCGGGCAUGGGGGAGGAUGAAAACGUUACACCCAAUGCGCACGAGAAUGAUACAUUGACAGAAAAUGAUAAUGCAUGCGAUAAAACGGAUAACGUGACAAUGGAAUCUGUUGCAGAUGAGGAAAAGGAGGACAUGAAUCCAAUAGAUAAUAUUGAAACUGCAGAACCUGUUUGUGAUACUAAAACUGACAUUCCUGAAACAGAAGAGCCAACAAAUGAUACAGUUGAAGAAGCAGAAGAUACAAUUAUGAUCGAAAGCGAAAAAGCAAAAGAUGACGAUCAGUCAAUGGAUGAAGAUAUUUUACUUAGUAGCGAAAAAGAAGCGGACACUAAUGUCGAUGAUAAACAAGAUAAACAGGAUGUAGAGAUGACAGAAAUAAAACACAAAGAGGAUACAGAUGUAGUCACGAAAGCACGACGUUCGAAGCUUCCUGUCCACAGGGAUAGAAAGCGGAAAAGGUCUCCCAGUCCUUUAGAAGAUCGUCAUGAUUCACCGCCGCCUGUACUAGCUGAAAACGAACCUGAAAUCGACGAUGCUGCUUUAGUCUUAUCUUGGUACGAUUCCGAUUUGAAUUUGGUUAUCGAUAAGGAAGGCUUUUUUACUGCCACACCUAUGCACAACGAUGGAUUUUCACACAUGUGGGCUGGUGCUAGAGCAUCCUAUGGUUUUCUUUGCGGGAAGGUAUACUACGAAGCAAAGAUAGUAGACCAUUGCCCAGUCAAUACAGAAAAUGAAGAAUAUCCGCAUGUAUUGAGGAUCGGUUGGUCCACUCCUUACACAUCCAUGCAACUUGGUGAAGAGAAAUUCAGCUACGGCUAUUGUAGUACCGGUAAAAAAUUAACAGAUAAUCAGUACGAAGAUUACGGAGUUCAAUUUGGUAAAGAUGAUGUAAUCGGUUGUUACUUGGACGCAACGUCGGAGAACAGCGUUGUAUUAUCAUAUACCGUAAACGGAAAAGACCAAGGGAUUGCGUUCAAUAUUUCUAAGGAAGAACUUGGCGACAAGCCGUUAUUCCCACAUAUUUUGAGUAAAAAUUGCAGCUUCGCUUGUAACUUUGGUCAAGAAACUCCAUGGACCGAGGAAAUUUUGCAAGGCUACGUUUCCAUCGGGAACGUAGAACCUCAGUAUAAAAUCCCUGGUCCACGGAGACCAGAGAAGAAAGAAGAAUGCGAAGUGAUAAUGAUGUGUGGAUUACCCGCUUGCGGGAAGACCACCUGGGCAACAAAAUACGCGGCCGAGCAUCCACAGAAAAUGUACAACGUCUUAGGACUUGGCAAUCUGAUUGAUAAAAUGAAAGAUCCAGAGUUAUUUAACAAAGAAGAUUACGAGGCACAAUGGAAGAUACUUAUUCAGAAAUGCACUUAUGCGUUGGACAAAUUGCUGGAAAUGGCUUCUAGUAGAAGACGUAAUUAUAUACUGGAUCAGACAAAUGUGUACCCCUCCGCACAAAGACGUAAGAUGAAGAAUUUCAAUGGAUAUCAGAGGAAGGCGAUAGUUGUAGUUCCACCGGAAGAAGAAUUUAAGUCGCGUACUAGCAAACAUAAGCCGAUCGAAGGCAAGGAAAUCACAGAGUCGAUGCUGUUAGAAAUGAAAGCUAAUUUCAGAGCUCCAGUUGUUGGCGACUCUUUCGAUGUUGUUAACUGGAUAGAGUUGGACCAAGAGGAAGGUACAAAACUUAUAGAAAAGUACAACAGAGAGGGAAAAGAAGCUGGAUAUGGUCAUCAGCAGUCGAGUAAAAUACCGCGAAUCGAUUCGAGAUCAGAAAGUGGCCGUGAACAUCGAAGCGAUUCGCGAAGUAGCCGGGACAACAGGGACAGUCGAGAUUAUCGUGACAGACGAAAUAAUUAUGUUGAAAGAAAUCGUACUCCUCUUUGGCGCGGCGGUGGAGGUAAUAUGCCUCGAAGAGACAGACCACAAAGAGGGCACGUAAGACACGGCGGUGGUGGUUAUGGUCCUCCGAUACCACGAAGAGGAAGAGGGACACCUAUUCCGUCCGUACAUCGUGGAAUGGAUCGUAGAGGUGGUGGUAAUUUGGAUAGAAGAAUAGUAUCAAGUGAAAGAGGUCGUUCUCUGAAUACUCGUCAAGGUGGUGGCUGGGCUCCAGCGUGGAAUUAUCAAGGAUCGCAACAGUCUGGUUGGAACCAAGGAGGUAACUGGUCAAGCGGUCAAUCACAGGGUGGUUGGGGUCAACAAAACAACUGGGGUGGAUCGCAGCAGUGGGGUGGUAACUGGAGGGGUUACGGGCAAAGCUACGCUCAAAGCAGCAGCAGCAGCAGCAGCAGCAGCAGCAAUUAUAAUCAGGGUUAUGGCAAUGGAAACUGCAAUAGUUGGAAUCAGCAGUAUUAUAAUCAGUAUUGGGGCCAACAGCAGCCGAGUGGACAAACAACAACAACAACAACAUCAUCUAGCAGACAGGCUGCAAAUAAACAAUAAUCCGCCGAGAUAUGUUAGGAGAGUGGAAUAGUAAGGGAUUCUAUGAUAAUUUAUAAGUGUUUAUUCUUUUAGGCAGGUAGAAUGGAAAGUGUAAGAACCGCUUCGUUUGACAAUUCCACGAUGGGGGUGUAGUCAACCGCGAGACCGACGAGGAUAUAUGGAAAAUUCCUGAUUAGAGUGUUGUCGAUACCAGGACAUCGGUUUUUGAUGGCACACAAAUAGAUGGACAAGUUUUUCCACGACAAUAUAUUCACAUUUUUCGUUCGUAUAUUUUGCAGUGUACGAAUUCCAAAGUUAUCGCGAUUUUAUAACUCGAUCAAGAAUUUAGAUUUUAUCGAGUGAAGGCACCGUUACACAUGCACCUCAUACAAGUGUUUUGCAUUGCGAAAUGCAAUAUUAAAUAAAUUUUAUUGUUAUUGAUCACCGUUGGUGAUCGAUAAUCGUAAUUGGAUGCAUGUAACGACAAAAAUCUAUUCGUAUUAUAAUACGUAGUUUUUAAACGAGUAAAAGGGGGUAACGUAUAAUAACGUCUUGUAACGAUUUUUGAUUUAAAGAAAAACGAUCAAGAGGAAGAGUUCCACGUAUGGGUACAUUAUGCAGUUAGCUGUUAAGACCGCAACACCUUUGCAAUGAUUUAUCGCUCUCGAAAAAAGACUCGUGUAAAUAUGUACAGAUUUUCAAACGUAUUAUGCGGAACGUUCACUGGAAGUCUGUUUAUACAUUAAUAGCAAAAUACGAUGUAACAAGAAAAAAAAAAAAAAAAAACAAAAAA